AUGAGCUACGGCGGUGAGCUAUCGGGCAGACGGCGCUACUCGGCGCUCGUGUGGACCGCUCAGGAGCAGCUGCGUCCCUCAGCUCCGCCCGAGCCGGAGCCGCCGGCUCGCUUCCCUGUGGUCUGGGCCGGCCUGUGGAGAGACCGCCCGGGUCAGUUUCCCAUCUCCCGUCUCGGACAAGACUCGGAGGGGUACCGGGUGCUGUCACCGUCACCGUCCGGACAACUGAACAUGGCAAAGGAGGCAACGAGCCGCGCGGAGAUAGGCUUUGUCACCAAUGGGUUGCACCAGGAGAGCGGUGGCACUAACGGCACCAGCGCUGGUGCCAGACGGGAGCUGGAGGACGCCGAACCAGUAGUGCGGAAGACCCUCGACCCCAACCGGUAUGCCACCAAGAAGACGAUCGCUCAGGGGAUGCUGGACGUGGCGCUACUGACUGCCAACGCGUCCCAGCUGCGCUACGUCCUACAGGUCGGCGAGGAGCACGAGUUCUAUACGCUGAUGGUCACACUCAUCAGUCUCAGCAUUAUACUGCAGUGUCUCCAGGCCAUCACCAACGUGGUGCUGAGCCGACUGGACGCUCGCGACACGACGCGCACGCGUCUGCUGGCCCGCGAGUACCUGAACCACCUGACGCUGGCGCUGGCGCUGUUCACCGUCUGUGUGGACGCCAUCCGUACCGGGUUCGGGCUGGACGUGCAGCCGACCAGGCGCGUCGUGGCCGACCCGUGAGGGAGGGGCUGGCUGCCCGGGUCCGCCGGUGGUGGAGAGAGGCGCUGCUCGGGUCGUCCGGUGGUGGAGAGAGGCGCCGCCCGCGGCUUGGCGGCUGGCCAGUGCUACUGUGGGGUCCCCGCGGUACUACCAGCCGACAGGUCUCAAAAGUCAGAGGAUAAGAUACUUCCUGCGAGCGAGGACUGAGACAAUUCGAAAGCUGCGGGAGAAGGGCGAAGUAGAUGUGGUAGCGAAACUGCUAUUGCAGGCAGAACAUACCUAAGCGUAGAAAAUGCUUCUUCUCUUAGCCAUCGAUGUGUAGAAAAUGGAAUAGCUGGAUAGUGGAUACAGUGAUAGGUGUACUUAUUGAGCAAAAAUGUAGACCCCGCACAGCGUCUUGAGCGCAUCUUUAGUGCCACAGGCGACUACGGACUACCUUCCACUCUGACGUAGCGCGAUGUCCGCUGUAUCUUACAGUAGUUAUUUUUCAUUGUUCAGAAUCAGAAGCCCGAUAUCGGGUCGUAAUGUAGUGUGCCGUGUGUGUAUAGCGACUAGCAGUGACGUAGUUAUUUACUUGACAAUCGCGCGUAUAAUAGUUCUUCCUAACUCCUGACACUGGGUUGGUCCCCCUUUACUCGAUAUGCUGUGCGUGUAAUUUCCUGUUUCGAGACGUGAAAUAUUUGGCCUAAUUCUGCUUUUAUGUAGCAUAUGAGCAUUUGUAUUUGGAGCACGAGGCACGGGAUGUGAAGAUGUGGCACACAUAUGGGUAGUGAUACGAAAAUUCGCACCCGUACAGUGUACUUUGAAUAGUGAUGGUAUUGUGAUAUAAAGUUCAGAAUGGCUAUUGUGGUAAUUGGUUAGGUAGUUUUAACGGUGUAACGCCGUUUCGAUUCGAACACGUGCGAACACAUUAGUUGCAUUGAAAUUGGCUAAUCCUGUCGGAUACGGAGUGGUCGUUUGAUGAUGUCUGCCAAUUUGACACUUUUCAACGGGUUUCUCACGCCUGAAUGCACCCUCUACACUCUUGCGUUCCCUCUAACUCUUGAGCACCGACCCGAACUCGCUGGGCCCUCCGACCUGACCUGACCCGAGCCCGUUCCGUGGUCUGUUUCAGAUCCUGGUGGGAGUCCUUCUGAUGGUGCUGGGCGCACUAGACAUCAACGACGAAUCCCCCACCCAAAUGGCGGCAGACAUCAUCAACGACGUCACCGUCAUCAUGGUGUUUAUCAUCACGCUACUCAAUGUCAUAAUC